CUGUUUCUUGGGGCGAUGUGAGCUUUUAUGCGGAUGAUCCGUUGCUGGGGUCUUAUAUUAACCAGCAAGACAUGGUAGCCACACCCACCCUAUCAAGCACGCUGGAGAUCAGGUCGCGCGCGAGAGUAUCUUUAUGUAUAAAAGGUCUGCUGCGCUGUUGCUUGUGACUGUGUGUUUUGGGGAUUCCUGCUGGUGACCAGUCCAUUCGUUUGUCGUCGUCGUUGCUGUCAGUCUAUUCACUCGUUAUAAAAGAUAUAUCGUCGUUCGUUAUGUUGCUCCACGACUUCUUCUCCUUUGCAGCGCUGCUGGCGACUGUGUCUGCCCUCCCAACGAUCAAGAUGGAGAAACGACAAGCUCCCGCUGGAGUUCCUGACUAUGUCAUGAAAUAUGCACCCGUCGUCUACCUCCACUCCCAAGAGAAAUACUUCCCUUCGGACAUCUCCGCCCAACUCGCCCACUCAAUCCCCAAAGUGCAAUUCCAAGACGUUCCUGGGGUUCCAAACCCCCUAGACCUGAACAAUCUCGACCAAGUCACCGGAGAUGCUUUCCUUACCUCCAAGGACGAUGUGACCAAGGACCCUGAGUGGAUCAAGGGAGUCAGGCCGGACUCCAAUGGCAAGACUAAUAAUGCUGUUACGGCUGCCGUUAUCGUCAACGACAAGGGAGAUGGGAACGUGGAUGCUUUUUACUUCCACUUCUACGCGUAUAAUUAUGGUGGGACUGUACUUGGACUCCCGCAACUGAACUUUGGAAACCAUGUUGGAGACUGGGAACACAACAUGAUCCGCUUCAAGAACGGCGUCCCACAACACGUCUGGUACUCCCAGCACGCGAACGGGCAAGCCUUCAGCUACUCCGUGACCCAAAAGCACAACAACGGCGACCGCCCCAUCGCCUACUCCGCCUCUGGCUCCCACGCCAUCUACGCCAUCCCCGGAAAGCACGACCACACGAUCCCGAACUUCAACCUCCCCGGCGGCGUCCUCGAAGACAAGACGGACGCCGGCGUCUUCUGGGACCCCAUGCUCGCGGCGUACUACUACAAGUUUAACGCCGCGGACGGCUCGUUCACGCCGUACGACGGCAACUCCGGCACCCCGGUGAAGUACUUGGGUUUCAAGGGCCGCUGGGGAGACCAGGAGUAUCCGACGAGUGAUAAGAGGCAGGUUAAGCUGUUUGGCCAGGCGAAGUUUAGUAGUGGGCCGACGGGGCCGGCGGAUAAGCAGUUGAAUAGGCAGAAUGUGUGCCCGGAGAAUGGACAGAGGUGUAUCUUGAGGGGGAUACUUGUUCCCAGAACGGUUGGAGAUGAGGAGGAUGAGGGUGCUUGAUUUUCUUUUCUGGAUGAUGGGGAGGGAGAGGGGGCGUUUGGGGUUGGUUGGUGAUAUACCCGGUGUGUUGAAUUUUGGGCAUUUGGGGAUUGUGAUAAUGUUGGUUGGGUUGCGGUCUGUGUCAUUUUAUUCUCUCGCGUCGAUGCGCGGAUUUCAUUUGUAUAUAAUUUUGUGAUGCAGUUCUGGCAGGCUGCCGUUAUUGUAGGUUUAUACGAGAGCA